UUCGACUUGUUGUGUUUUCUGUUACUCCAAUCGCCAUCUUGUUGCCAGUGAAGUAAUGUGUUUCUGAUGAAUUUCGGGAGCGCCCUGGAUGUCUUAUGACUGUCUUUGGAAGCCAGUGGAUUAUACUGUGAUUUAACCCACCACAUAUAUCUGCAUCAAGGGCUUGCAUACAUUUGUUUUUUGACGGGAACGUAUUGUAUCGGUGUUCAAAAUGAGUAUCGAUACUCUAUUGGAAGCGGCCAGGUAUUUGGAGUGGCAAGCCCAGCAACAACAGAUUACACGUGAGGAGGAGGAGCGGCGAGAGAAGGCCCUGCUGUCCCGUGAGGCCGAGCAGAAGCUCUCCGCCCCCAUUAUCCAGUCUGUCCAAGUUAACCAUGUGACCUGGGCCGAGGACAUGCGGCUCGAGCCACACCGCCACCACCAGCACCACCCUCCGGUCCCGCCCCCUCCCCUCCCACCACCUGUUUCCAUAGCUGUCAUUCCAAUCCCGGUGGUCCCUGCCAACCCUGCGGCCCCUCCCAUUCAGACUGCUCCGUCCCUCCACACAGCCUCCCCUAUACCAGUGGUCACACCCUUGGCCACAGCCCUGUCCCCACCAGCAGCCCCCCUCCUCAGCCCCAAUGGCAAGGACGCCCACUCCCCUCCGCAGCAGCAACAGCAGCAGCAUCGUCACUUGAUUGCACAUGUAAAAGCAGAAGCUAACACCUUGCCUCUGUCGAAUAACAGUCCUAAGCAGCAGCCACAGCCACAGCCGCAACAAACGCAGGCAUUGCUGCAACCCUAUCCAGCCCCCAUCAUAGCAGCCCAGCAUCCACCACAGCAACAUGCCCUCCUGCCCCAACCAGCAGUACCCCAACCUCAGCCCACGCUGGCCCAGGGUCAGAUAGGCCAACCACCCAGGGCUAAUGGAGCCACUGUGGAAGAGCCGCGCAACCUGGAUGGGAAAAGGAGACCUGGAGGGGCUGGAACUCGAGAAGUUCACAACAAGCUGGAAAAGAACAGACGAGCACAUCUGAAAGAAUGUUUUGAGACCCUCAAGAGGAACGUUCCUAAUGUGGAUGAAAAGAAGACGUCCAAUUUGAGCGUCUUGAGGAGCGCUCUCCGCUACAUCCAGACUUUGAAGCGGAAAGAAAAGGAGUAUGAGCAUGAGAUGGAGCGCUUGGCACGGGAGAAGAUCGCCACUCAGCAGAGACUCGCCGAACUGAAGAAUGAGUUGAGCCAAUGUAUAGAUAUCAUGGAGAUUGACAGGAUACUCCGACAAACUGUCCAGCCGGAAGAUGAUCAGGCCUCCACAUCAACAGCAUCAGAGGGUGAAGACAACUUCGACCAAGACGCAGAUGACGACAUCCUGUCCUCCCCGCCCUCGUCUUCUGCAGCCAAACCGUCUGCCCCGGCACCAUCGGAGCCCCGGGCUGCCAUGCCUCCACCCGCCAUUCUCCCUACGCAUAUCUCCAUACAACACAAACCCGCCACACCACCCUCCGCUCCACCCAAUCAACCCCAGCCCACAGUGGUCACUCCUCAAGCCAUCGCACCUGCGCCCCCUUCCCAUGUCGUUUCUCCUCAACAGCCGACAGUCAUCACCCAUGCCUCUGUAUCCCACGCGUCCGUCAUCCAAGCUGUCAACCACGUCAUCCCAGCUGGGCCUAAACAUCUGGCGCAUAUUGCGCCCUCUAGUGGCGGCCAGCCUAUAGGACACAUCACCGUGCAUCCCGUCGCCCACCUACCCGCGGCCAUUUACCCGCAGUCGGUGGCCGUCUCGCAGCCGGCGGUGGUGGGGCACAUCACGCACACGUUGGCGCACCACCCGCACACUCACGCCCAAGUUAACGGCACGCCGGUCACGGGCCAGCAGGCCACCGUAGUGGGAAAGCCAACGGCAGUGGUCGCUCACCAUCACACCGGGCUGGUGGGCCAGACGGUGCUCAAUCCGGUGACUAUGGUAACUGUUCCUCCUUUUCCCGUCAGCACGCUAAAGCUGGCCUGAGAGAAAAGAGAGGCUGCACAGAAAGAGAGACUAAUCGCUAAAAGGACGACUAGAUCCCAUUCAGAAAUUCACUACUGUCGCUCCUACACGCCAGGACCUCGUUGGGAUCGGAGCGUGUGCUCAUUUGCUUGUAGAAGGGGCUUGCGUGUCUUUUGCCAUGCAGCGUUGGAAUGAAUUUCAUGUAAUGCACUUGCUUAACUAAAUUCGAAGACAUUGGUCAGUCUUUAGUAAUGUGAGAGUGGAGUGCUAAAACAAAUCAAUUCUGUCUUCUAUCUCCCUGGCAUCCUUUGUUCUGUAUGCAAAUUAUCUCACGCUUUACAUUCAUCCACCAAAAAAUCUCAAAAACGAGUGCUUAAAGGUCAGUACUGAAAGCAUGCCGAAAAAACGUUUACUGUGUAACUAUUUUAGAGGCUUUUAAUAACUCAAAAGGGGCUUUUGACUAAAAAACAGGUACAUUCAGACUUCAGAUCAGGUUUCUCAAAGUGUCUUUGUAUUUGGGAGCAAAUGUAAGUGCCUAAGCCCCAAUUCAAGCCCAGUGGCGCCACCUGCUGCCUACGCAAUGCAACAACAUUGCUGAAAAUGAAGCGCAAGCGCAUUAGACUGCCAUGACCUGACCUACAGUCACAGACGUCUGUUGGCAAGAAACACAAAGUCUUAAAAGUGUCGAAUGGGUUGUAAGGAAACUCAACUAAUAUACAAUAAGACGUAUUUGAGUGCUCAGAUAUUAACUUAAUAAUACUUCGUAAUACUUGAUUAACGUUUCAAAUGAUUAAAACGUUACGUACGGCGCGUGACAGGGCGCGUCGAGAUGUCGGGCAUUUCCAUUUCUUCAAAUCAGCAGUUACCAAUGUUUUCGUGCUUGUAGCAACACGAUGAGAACCGUCGAAUGAAGUCUUAGGAAAUACGUUAACGUAAAUCAAUCUUGUUCGUCACGGUGCUGUUGUGUGUCCAUUCUACGUUUAUCGCCGCACAGCCAUUUUUCAUUAACUACGCGUGAUUGUGUAAACUGUCGUAAAGUAGGCGCUUGUUUAUAAGCAUUUUAGAAGGUUUAACACAUGCUGUUUUCUGUUUCAUUGACUUCAGGACAAAAAAAGCCCCUUUGCCAUUAGCAGUGCUUCUCUUAAAGUCAGCCUGUCUGUCAUUCUCAGCGCACUCGCUUGGUUGAACCUGCACAAUUUAGCCAUCUGACCGUUUCCCUAUGUACACUUGACGGUUUGCUGUCGAUGGUUAGGUACACCACGUUGUUGCUUUAUUACUGUCACUUUCAAACGGAACACUGUGAUUCCUGCUCUUAACAUCCUCUUCCUGCUGCAAACCCCCCAAAAUCGAGGUUUGGAUUUUCUGUUUGAUUUCCUUUUUCUUUUUUUGGGGAUGUGAAGAUGGAAUAAUACAUGCUGUGCUUCACACUCAGUUAAAAACAAACAAACAAACAAAAAAAUAGCCUAACCUUUGUGAAAUUUCUUAGUGUGUUUUGUUUUUCAUUUUUUUUAAAUAUAUGUGUAUGGAUGUAUGUAUAUAUGUGAGGUAUAUGCACGCAUUCACAUAUAUGUGUAUGUAUUUUAGGAUUAUACUGAUGCCUGGUUUUGCAUGUAGAUUGCAGUUUUUGUUUGUUUGUUUAAAUGUUAAUCCCUCCCCCUUAUUUUGUUUUUUUGGGACCAUGUAUCAUACUGUAUGAUGUGGGCGGGACCGUUAGACCUCAUUCUACAUUGAUAUUAUAUAUAAAUAUAUGAAAAACUGUGCAUUUUCCCUAUGGAGAAAGUUUAAGUUAUAUAUCGCCUGUACAUUUUGGGCUGCAUUAAGAUCGAAUUGUCCACCAUGUUUAACUGAAAUAGUAAUAAAACUUAUUAAAAUAUGCUAGAUUACUACAAAAAACAUAUUGACGAUUCAUAAUAAAUCUUAUGACAUUUACAAGUCAA